AUGAUUUAUAUUAUUUUGAUAAUUCUCUUUCUCUUAAUUUCGCUAUUAGUUGUAUAUAUCUUAAAAAGGUAUAGAAGAAGAUAUUAAAUUCCUUAAUCUUAAAUGCCAAUAAAAUUAGAAGAUAAUAAAGAGGAUAAUAAAGAUAAAGUAGAAUUAGAAGUAAUAACAAUUACAAAAGAAAUGUCUAAUAAAACUAAUAGCAAUGAAUAAAAUAAUCAUAGAGAACAUUUAAUUGAUGAAUAAGCUUUUUAAUUUAAUGAAGAUAGUGAUAAUGAAAAAGAUGAAGAAAGAAACUCUUCAGGCAAUUAAUCAUCUGAUCAUAAAUAGAAUCAUGUAUUUUAAUUUCAAGAAGGUGAAUAAAAAUUAGAUGAAUUAAUUGAACCAGAAAAUUGAGU